UUAUGUGUUGGUUUGGGUGGCGGUCGCUGGGUAUGUUUGACGUUUAAUUGAGUGGUGGCUGCUUGUUGGAAACCAUAACUUUGUAAACGCAGUACACAGGUACCUGUGGAAAGGUGAUCCAGCUGCAUCGCGACGCGCUGAUCGCCGCUGGGUAGCAGCGCCACCUAGUCACCAUGGCCGAGGCGGCCCCCGAGCCGGGCGACGCCGACAGCAUCGGAGAGUACUCGGGUUCAUUCGACUCGGACUCGUCAGAGGAACCGCAGGACGAGCCGCAUCUCAAGUACGAGCGCAUGGGGUCAGACCUGGCGCUGCUGCUAGCCGAAGAGCCGGCCACGUGCCUCUGCGUGCACCCCAAGCUCGUGCUGGUCGGCACGGGCCCAGGCCGCGUGCACGUGUUUGACCACUUGGGGAACCGCGUGCGCCCGGCGCGGCAGCCGCACACGCUCUGCGUGAACCAGAUCAGCGCCGACGACGCCGGGGAGUUCGUGGCAAGCUGCUCCGACGACGGCUCCGUUUGCGUGCACGGCCUGUACUCGCGCGACAACAGCCACAGCCUGGCGUUCGAUGCUCCCGUCAAGGCGGUAGCCCUGGACCCAGGGUACGCUCGCGCCGGCGGCGGCCGCCGCUUCGCCGUCGGCGACAGCCGCGUGGUGCUGCACGAAAAGACGUUCCUGGCGCGCCUGCGGCCGACCGUGGUGCAUGAGGGCGACGGCACUGUUGCAGACGCUGAGCUGGUGCGCGUCAUCCGCCCACUGCCUGAGGACUACCAGGAGCUCUCCACGGACGAGCUGACAGUGCGCGGCUUCCAGAACUUCUCGUCCAACCAGUACCGGCUCGACUGCCUGCCGGACGAGGGUGCAUUCUUCGUGCUGGCGCCGAGCGACGUAAUCGUGGCGCGGCCGCGCGACACGGACGACCACCUCGACUGGCUGCUGGAACACGGCCGCUUCGAGGAGGCGCUGCACCAGCUGCAGGCGGCCGGGCUGGCCGUGCGCCGGCACUGCCUGCAGGACGUCGGCCGCAAGUACCUAGACAGCCUGCUGCAGGAGGAGCGCUAUGAGCUGGCCGCCUCGCUCUGUCACUCGAUCUUUGGCCGUAGCCGCGCACUUUGGGAGGAGGAGGUGUACCGGUUCGCGGCGCUGCGCCAGCUCAAGGCCAUCAGCGGCUACCUGCCGCGUGGCGACUUCAGGCUCGACUCGACCGUCUACGAGAUGGUGCUGUACAACUUCAUGCGCACGGACCAGGACGAGUUCCUGCGGCUGGUGCGCGAGUGGUCGCCGAGCCUGUACCACUGCGGCGCCGUGGUGAACGCGGCGCUCGAGCAGCUACUCCACGACGCCGACAACCCGCGCCUGCUGCAGGCGCUCGGCUUGCUCUACACGCACCAGGGCCGCCACGACAAGGCACUCGCCAUCUACCUGAAGCUGGGCCACGCGGGCGUGUUCGAGCUGGUGGCGAGGCACGGCCUGCACGCGGCCGUGGCCGACCGCGCGGCGGCGCUGGCGCGCGUCGAUGAGGCGCGCACCGUCGAGCUGCUCACCGACCGGCCCGACCAGGCGCCGCCCGAGCGCGUCGUGGCCGACCUGGAGGCGGCGCCGGCCACGCUCUACCGCUACCUGUGGCGGCUGCACCAGCGGCACCGCGAGUUGAGCGGCAAGUACCAUGACCGCCUGGUGGAGCUGCUCGCCGACUACGAACGCGGACGGCUGCUCGAGUUCCUGCGCGGCAGCGACGAGUACUCGCUGCAGCGCGCGCUGCAGGUGUGCCAGACACGAUCGCUGAUCGGCGAGACGGUCUACUUGCUCGGCCGGACAGGCGCGACGCGCGAGGCGCUGCAGCUCAUCAUGAGCCAGCUGGCGGACAUCCGCAAGGCCAUCGCCUUCUGCAAGGAGCACGACGACGCCGAGCUGUGGGACGACCUGAUCGCCUACUGCCUCGACCAGCCGGCCAUGGUGAAGGAGCUGCUGCUCAACAUCGGCACGCACGUGGACCCGCGCCGCCUCGUGCGCCGCAUCGACAACGGCCUGGCCAUCCCGGGCCUGCGCGACGCGCUCGUCCAGAUCCUCCACGACUACAAGGUGCAGCUGGACCUGCAGGAGAACUGCCGGCGCAUCUUGGUCAGCGACUGCUUCCUGCUGCACGCGAGGCGGCGGCAGUGCGGCGCGCGUGCCGUGCCCGUGCCGGCGGCGGCCGCGUGCUGCCUGUGCCGCGGCCCGCUGCUGCAGCGCGAUCCGGCCAAGGUGGUCGACCUGGUGGUGUUCCACUGCCGCCACGGCUUCCAUCGCGCCUGCCUGCCGGCCGGCCGGCCCGACUGCUGUCUCGUGUGCCGCAAUGAGCCGCGCGCGGGCUUUCGCUGAGGCCUCUGCCGGCGUCCGCGUCUCCAGAGGCCCCAGGCGGCCGCACUGGAUCGCGUGACGCCAGAGCAGACGUUUGCAGUUGGAUGUGAUAAC